AUGUCCCUCCCGCCGCAGCCCGUCUCCGAGGGCACCACGCCCGCACCGACUCACAGCCCCUACCUGCACCCGCUGCAGACACACAAAGUCAGAGAGACUCAUGUCGCCAAUGUCGAUAGGGAUUUCACGACGGGCCGAAAAAUCAUAAACCACUACGAGAUCAUCGACGAAAUUGGCCGCGGUGUGCACGGCAAGGUGAAGCUGGCCCGGAAUCUCGAGAAUGGCGAAAACGUGGCCAUCAAGAUCAUCCCCCGUUUCUCCAAGAAGCGGAGGCUCGGCAAAGUCACGGCCAACAUGAACCCUCAAGAGAAGACCAAGAGGGAGAUUGCCAUAUUGAAGAAGAUACGGCAUCCGAACGUCGUCGCUCUCCUCGAAGUCAUUGACGACCCCGAACUCAAGAAGAUCUACAUGGUCCUCGAGCAUGUCGAACGCGGAGAGAUCGUCUGGAGGAAGAAGGGAUUACCUCACAUCUGUGCCUACGAGCGCCGGCGAGCCGAGCGGGAGAUGCGAGGUGAGAGCCUCACCGCACAGGAGGAAGACUAUGGUCGGAUCCUAGAGCGGCGGCAUACCAUUAAAGAAAUGAAGAGGGCGAAAUCCACCCAAGUACAGACCGGACACCACGAUUAUUGGAGCCUAGAGUACGCAGCCGACGACGAUGAUGUCGACAUGCAAUCGAGGAUAUCUAGCCUCAGCAACAUCGAAUAUGCCGAGAGGGCGGCGAUGCCAUCGAAUCCACCCUCUAUGCAAGGCUCCAGGCCUAGUUCCCGAGCACCGUCACGAACGCACUCUGUGCGGUCAUUGCAACGGACAACAAACACCGCUUCCUAUUCUACCGAACCCGAUCUUACGCCUCUCCCACGUGACGAAGAAGACCUCGACACGCCUGGCCCGCUUCGGUCAAAUCCCGGUUCUUCAUCUGCUCUUGAUGGGACAAUGUACGGCGCUUAUGACGAUGGCGGCUUCCGAGGCCGCUCGCCUAGCAUGGCCGAUUCAAUCAUCUCACACAUGUCGUCGAUAGAUCUCAGCACGCAGGUGAAUGAUUUCUUCGCUGAGGACUUCUCCUUCGUUCCGUGCUUUACCAUGGAGCACGCGAGAGCCACAUUCCGAGACACUGUGCUGGGCCUCGAGUAUUUGCACUACGAAGGUGUGGUUCAUAGAGACAUCAAACCCGCCAAUCUACUCUGGACAAGGGACCAUCGUGUCAAGAUUUCUGAUUUCGGAGUAUCCUAUUUUGGCCGACCAAUCCGAGAUGGUGAAGCCGACGACACCGUAUCGGAGUCUGAAGCUCGGGACUUCGACGAUGACCUGGAACUUGCUAAGACUGUGGGAACACCGGCUUUCUUCGCACCCGAGCUUUGCUACACAGAUCUCGACAGCGGUGAACAGCCCAGAGUAUCCGAGCAGAUUGAUGUCUGGUCCCUGGGCGUCACACUCUACUGCUUGAUUUUUGCUCGCAUCCCGUUUAUGGCGGAGGAUGAGUUCCAGAUGUUCCGCAAAAUUGCCAAGGAGGAAGUCUACAUACCCUCUAGACGCUUGAAGCCAGUCGACCCAUCGACCUCUCCCAAGACAACGUCACUCUACAACCGUGUCAACAGCGCACCAUAUAGAGACGAUGAUGAACUGGGGUAUGAGGAGAUCGAUGACGUGCUUCGUGAUCUUCUCAAGCGGAUGCUGAUCAAGAAUCCGGAGAAGAGAAUUAGACUUCGGGAGGUUAAGCGCCACCCAUGGGUCGUGCAAGGCAUCCAGAAUGUCCUCGGGUGGCUUGAUGAUACCGAUCCCUCGAGACGUACCGCCGGCCGGAAGAUUCAGGUCGACGAUAAGGAAAUGCGAGAGGCCGUCAUUCCCCUCUCACUGCUUGAGCGAGCCAGAUCCGCAGUCAAGAAGACCUUCAACAAGUUUACACACCCUCGCACGGAACGUGGCGAGAGCACAUCAAGGAGAAGAGCCGCAAGUAGCGCUGCCAGCUCGGCUGGCGACAGUCCAGCUACUAACCCCUCCACACCAUACCCUCGGGAUAUACGGCGUCGCAGUCUCCGCGGGGAUAGCGAUUAUUUCGCGACCGUACGAGAAUACGUCCAGCCUUCGGGCGAACAUCCUCUGAGUCAGAGCGUGGCAGCGAGCCCUCAAGAUUCACCCCUUGACCAAGGGCCGAGUUCCACGACAGCAUCGGUAGGCGGCUUUUCGGACAUGAUGGCAAAAGAAGAGGCUGCUGAGCGACAAACCCCGACAGCAAAUCAGAAACUUCCGAAACACCACUAUGCCCGGUCGAUCACGAAUGCCUUUCUGAGCUUGGCUCCUCAUGUGCACGAGGCUCAUUCACACACGGUGCCAACGACCCCAGCUUUCGACGGACCGGCCGAUGACAACAGCUUUCUGAGGAAGAGCCGCGAUAUCACCUCCGCAGAGGAUGCCUCCAGGGCGCGAUCGGCUGACCGAGCCAUCAUCUUCUCCAACGCCGACAAGCGAGCUGAAGCCAAGGUAUCACUAAGCACUGCUGUGGCUCCCGGGAAUAACGCUUUGCCCAAACGCGCACAACAGAUUCGACCAGGAGACGUACCCUUGCCUUCUCCGAGUUUCUUUUCCGCUCGUGCUAUCAAUGCCUAUCAACACGGCCAACCCAAGUCGGAUCCCAAUAUGCACGACAAACAACGUGCGACGGUCGAACUUGAUGAGAGGCCAAUGACAGCUCAAAGGAUUGGGGAUGUCCCAGAUGGCAAGACCCCGGCCCCUCGAGUAUACAACACAUCUACUCCAGAGUCAUUUGCUAGAGCACAGGAGACCAAUCGACGUCGGCAGCUGCUCGAAUACGAGGAUCAAAUCAGGCGACAACAAGCCUCCAAGGUCAGCAUUGAGGCACUAGAUCCAGCUUCAAUACCCUGCCCGCCUUCGCCUGAUGACGAGCUCUUCAUGCAGCAACACUCUGCGCCCUCACGCGAAGAUACCGUCGGAACAGCCAUAUCAUCUAGCUCAGUAUCCGUCGACGCUUUGACUACUCCUCUUACCAGCCCAAGCGUGGUAACAAGCCCUCUGUAUGUGGCCAACCCUAUUCCGACAAAGGAUAUCUCCGAGCAGAUUUCCGAGCAGAUCCUGGCCUUCCAAUCUGACCCGUCCCUGCCCGCUUUACUCAGCGGAGCAUCGUCGGUAUCUGCGGAUUUGGAGGGAGAGUUCCUCGGUCAUCCUGGCAAUCCCGACGCUGUCAAGAACGCCGCCCUGCUUGAGACGACCGACUCCCUGACCCCACCAGCAAUGACCAAAGAGCCCAUUGCUGGCUUCCCUCUUGAACAGCAGGAGCUUUCCUCCGAGGGUAACGUCAUCCCGGUGUACAUUGACCGGCACACUGUCAAGUACACUACUUCUGCUUCGCCGUCCGCAUCAGCUCGGGCAGUAGAAGACGAUGAGGAUAGCGAUAGCGAUGAAGGCUUGGUCAUGGCCAAAUCCAAGAAGAGGAGCACGCCUCCCAAAGACGCACAGGCGCCGAUGGGCAAGAUGGUGAUCGGUUCCAAGCGACGAGACACCAAUGCUAGCGUUGGCAGCACGGAGACGGCGAAGAAGGUCGUCGUGCAUAGUGACUAA